AUGGAUUUGUCCCAGAUCGAGCAGGAUAUUGUAAGGGACCUUGCUCGACAUAUCAAGAAGAAGCGGAAGCGCGAAGCCGGGAACAAUGUACAGGUCGAAAGCAACCCUGAAGACAGAGCCGAACAUGCGAUUCGUAUGAUUCGGGAGCAACAGCGAAGAGAACGCCAUCCAUUCUUGCAACAACCACCCCCUGCUUUCAAUGGAGGACAGCCACAGUUGGCAGGUUCACAUGCUCAAGACGCUGGAAUGAGACGGUCUCAAGGACUCACCGUCCGCGCUCCAAAUUUCCCUCGUUGGGACCCAUAUAUGCGGGUACGCAGAAGCCAGGAGACACAGUCUCGUCGAUUGCGCAGCCCUGGACCUCUAAAUGUUGCACCAACCCCAGCCAGCGUUCUCAGCGGCCAGUUCAGACCUGCCGAGUUCUCAGAGCCAGAUGACAAUCCGAACAUGUACCAUCGUCCAGCGACAUCAACAAGACAAAUUGCGGAUGGUCACUACCGCCACGACCCUUCCGUGCAACAACCUCCCUUUGCCGACAGCUUUCCCGGGUCGUUCCAAGGUGCCAACACCAACAGUGAGCGGCUGGUGAGUGUGCCGGAGAAUAAGCGACAGCGCAUGCACCCAACAAAAGAACAGGCCUUCAUGCCAGACCUCAACUGGGGCCCCCAUUACAUCCACCGAGCGGACGGGACUUUCAAUGUACACCCUCCACAUGGAGAUACCAGUUAUCCACAGAUAAUCGGCAUGGUGGCACCGCCAGGGCAGCUCGUGACGGCCCAUACUGAAGUAGCCAGAGGAGCAGACGGGCAAAAAGGCGCAGAUACUGGUGGAAGGAGCCAGGGUCACCCGGAAGAAGAAGGCACUGGUCCUAACAUCAUGUCGAUUCAGGACGACCCCGAAUUUGAUGAUGUCGACUGGGACAUGUGGAUGGACUUUUCUGAGUCGGAAUAG